CUGACACUUCUCUCGUCCAUCGCCACAGGCCUCGGCUUGCACAACGACGACCAGAGCGGCCUCAGCCUCAAUGGCGUGCCCGCCACAACCCGCUCAAAGUGGAUGAGGGCGGCACUCCAGUCCGUCUCCGCCGUUCCCGAGAUCCUCGGCGAGCCCUGCAGCCUCUUUCCCUUCGGCGUCGCCAUCGUCAACACGACGUCUGACGAGCUCGUGUGCGUCGCCGCCAACAAGGUCGGCGUGACUGGCAACCCUUCCCUGCACGGCGAGAUCAGCGGCUUGACGCGAUGCACCGAGGUCCUCACGGAGAAGGGCCUCACGCCGCAGGAGAUCCUCAAGGCGUGGCCGCAGUUCACCAUGUCCGGCGAGCCCUGCCCGAUGUGCGCUUCUGCGCUUCGCUGGGCCGGCAUGGGCGAGGUUGUGUGGGCCACGUCGAUCGAGACCAUCAUCAAGGGCGGCCGCAACCAGAUCUACCUCCCGUCGUCCCUCAUUGUCCAGGCGUCGUACUCGCUCCCGCACACGACCCUGUGGUACGGCUCGAUCCUCGCCAACGAGACCGACCCGUACUUCCAGCAGCUCAACGAGUCGGCGCCGUGCCUCGACGGCUGCACCCGCACGCUCCCCGCCGGCAGUCGCGUGUCGCAGUGCACGCCGACGCACGGGUGGAAG